AUGAGUGAUUCCGACUCUGAUACUGAAAAUGUCAAGUUGAAUCUUGAUGAAAUUGUCAUACCAGAAGAUCAUUCAACAACUACUGAUAUCAAAGCAAACCUUGAUAAAUAUUUUUCAAAAGGUCAUAAAUUUAAUGUCGACGAUACAUCAAAGAGAUUCAAAUACUUGUUAGGAUUAACUGAUUUAUUCAAACAUUUCAUUGAAGCCAAAGCAAGCAAAGAUCAAAAUAUUCGUAAUGUUUUAGACUCUAUCAGUAAACCGGGAAAUCAUUCACGUAAAACUGAAAAGGAAGAAGAUGAAGAAUUAAUGAAUGAAGAUGAUCAAGAAAUUGUAGAAUUCACUCAAAGUCCACCAUAUGUUCAAGGAAAAUUAAGACCAUAUCAAAUUCAAGGGGUUAACUGGUUGAUUUCAUUAUUUGAAAAUAAUUUGAAUGGGAUUUUAGCUGAUGAAAUGGGUUUAGGUAAAACUUUACAAACCAUUUCAUUUUUAGGUUUUUUAAGAUAUUAUAAGAAUAUUAAUGGUCCUCAUUUAAUCAUUGUACCAAAAUCCACCUUAGAUAAUUGGGCAAGAGAAUUUAAAAAAUGGACACCAGAAGUUAGAUGUUUAAUCUUACAAGGUGAUAAAUUUCAACGUCAAGCUAUUAUAAACAAACGAUUAUUAACUUGUGAUUUUGAUGUUGUUAUAUCAUCAUAUGAAAUUGUUAUAAGAGAAAAAUCAAGUUUCAAAAAAUUCAAUUGGCAAUAUAUCAUUAUUGAUGAAGCUCAUAGAAUUAAAAAUGAACAAAGUUUAUUAUCACAAAUCAUUAGAAUGUUCCAUUCUAAUCAUAGAUUAUUAAUUACUGGUACUCCGUUACAAAAUAAUUUACAUGAAUUAUGGGCAUUAUUGAAUUUCAUUUUACCUGAUGUUUUUGGUGAUAGUGAAUCUUUUGAUUCAUGGUUUAAUCCAGAUUCAACUUCAAAAGCUAAUGAAAACGAAGAUGAUGAUACUAUUGUACAACAACUUCAUAAGGUAUUAAAGCCAUUUUUAUUAAGAAGAAUAAAAUCUGAUGUGGAAAAAUCAUUAUUACCAAAGAAAGAAAUGAAUGUUUAUGUUAAUAUGUCACCUAUGCAAAAAAAUUGGUAUCAAAAAUUACUUGAAAAAGAUAUUGAUGCUGUUAAUGGAUCAAGUAAGAAAGAAUCCAAAACUAGAUUACUUAAUAUUGUAAUGCAAUUAAGAAAAUGUUGUAAUCAUCCAUAUCUUUUUGAAGGAGCUGAACCAGGACCUCCAUUUACUACUGAUGAGCAUCUUGUUUUCAAUUCCCAAAAAAUGAUAAUUUUAGAUAAAUUAUUAAAAAAAUUCAAAUCUGAAGGUUCAAGAGUUUUAAUCUUUUCACAAAUGAGUAGAAUGUUAGAUAUUUUAGAAGAUUAUUGUCAUUUUAGACAAUUUGAAUAUUGUAGAAUUGAUGGACAAACUGAUCAUGGUGAUAGAGUUAAUGCUAUUGAUGAAUAUAAUGCCCCAGGAUCAUCAAAAUUUGUAUUUUUAUUAACCACUAGAGCUGGUGGAUUGGGUAUUAAUUUAACAACUGCUGAUAUAGUUAUAUUAUUCGAUAGUGAUUGGAAUCCUCAAGCUGAUUUACAAGCUAUGGAUAGAGCUCAUAGAAUUGGUCAAACAAAACAAGUUAAAGUAUUCCGAUUAAUUACAGAAAAUGCCAUUGAAGAAAAAGUUCUUGAAAGAGCUGCACAAAAAUUAAGAUUAGAUCAAUUAGUUAUUCAACAAGGAACUAAGAGUAAUAUUGGUAAUCAAAGUAAUAAAGCUGCUCUGAAAGAUGAAUUGUUAGAUAUGAUUCAACAUGGAGCAGCGGAAAUUUUCAAAUCUAAUGACAAGAAAAAGGAACAAAGUGAAGAAAGUGAAGAAGAUAUUGAUAUUGAUAAAUUAUUAAUGGAAUCAGAAUCCAAAACUUUAGAAUUGAAUAAAAGAUAUCAAAAACUUGAUUUGAAUGCCUUACAAAAUUUCACUAACGAUGAAAGUGUUUAUGAAUGGAAUGGUGAAAAUUUCAAAAAGAAGGAAGUUGGAGGCAUAACGAAUAUCGGACAUGCAUGGAUUAAUCCUGGUAAAAGAGAACGUAAAGAAAAUUAUUCUGUUGAUGUUUAUUAUCGUGAUGUUUUAAAUACUGGUAGAAAUGUUAAAACAGGACCAAAACAACCAAGAUUAAAUAUUUAUGAUCAUCAAUUUUUCCCAAUUAAAUUACUUGAAUUAGCAGAAUUAGAAAAGAAACAUUAUUUGAAAUUAAUUAAUCAUAAAGUUGAAUUAAAAUCAGGCGAAGAAUCAACUUUGGAACAACGUAAAAGAGAUCAAGAAAUUGAACAAUUAGAAAUUGAAAAUUCAAGACCUUUGACCGAUGAAGAAAAGCAAGAAAAGGAACAAUUAUUAACUAUGGGUUUUGGUAAUUGGAAUAGGAAUGAAUUUCAAAAAUUCAUUUCAAUGAGUGCAAAAUAUGGUAGAAAUUCAAUACAAUUGAUUUCAUCAGAAUUUGAUACUAAAACUAUCGAUGAAAUUAGAACUUAUGCUAAGAAGUUUUGGACUGAUUAUAAAUAUAUUGAUGGAUAUGAGAAAUUUAUAGCCAAUAUUGAAGCUGGUGAAGAAAAAAUUCGAAAAUUAAAGAUUCAAAAAGAAUGUCUCCGUCGAAAAUUAGCUCAAUACAAAUAUCCUUUACAACAAUUAACAUUAAAAUUCCCACCAGCUUCUAGUAAUAAAAAAGUUUGGUCCGAAGAUGAAGAUCGUUAUUUAAUUGUUUCAUUAUACAAGUAUGGACUUGAUAAUCCUGAAGUUUAUGAAAGAAUUAGAACCAGUAUUAAAGACUCAAUAUUAUUUAAAUUUGAUUUCUUCUUAAGGAGUAGAAAUACAGCAGAAAUUAGUAGACGUUGUCAAACUUUAUUGGCAUGUAUAGUAAAAGAGAUGGAUCCACCAAAAAGGAAACUUGAGAUUUCAGAGAAAUCCCAAACUCCUGAGGAGAAACGUCAAAAAGUAUAG